AUGAAUUGGGAAGAGCUUGUUUAUAAAUUAAGUUAUCUUAAAAUAGAAAGAGACAAUUAAAUAGAAAAUCUAAGCUUAAAUUAGAAAAUUGCUGAGAAUCAAACUAAAAUAAAGAAUGACAUAUUUUAAGAUAGCAUAAAUCCAUUUAAUUACAUUGUACCUUUUGAAAAAGAAAGUAGUUCUUCAGAAAAUAUUGAUUUUUUGGAUGCAUAGCAAAACGAAUAAGAUAGUGAUGAAGAUGAUUAUUAGUAUGAUGAAGAUGAGGAGGAUGAAGAUGAUAAUGGAGAAGAAAAUGAAUAAUACUUUAAUUAGAUUAAAAUGAAUGAGAAUGCUAUAUUAAAUAACAAUUAAAAUGCUUAAAAUUAAAAGAUGAACAAAAUUCAAUUUUAAUGUUUUGAAGAUUUUGAUGAUAAAGAAAACGAUUACUGUAAUGAUUUAAAUAAAAAUGAAUUCAAUAAAAACUUUGAAAAAAACAGCGACUAUUACCCAACGUAAAAAAACCCAUUGGAGUAGAUAGAAUUUUAGGCAAAGCAGAAUAUCUAAUAUGCGUAUACUUAAAAACAAAAAAAUAACCAAAAUCAAGCAUAAAUUAUAAAGAAGGAAUAGAAUGAUACAUUAAAUUUAAAUUAGUUUAAUAUCAAAACAACUUUAGGAACUGGCUCUUUUGGCAGAGUUAAACUUGCUAAACUAAAAGGAAAUGAGAAGGAUGUAUUUGCUUUAAAAAUGAUGAAGAAAAUAGAAAUUGUUAAACUAAAAUAAGUAGAGCACAUCAAAUCUGAAAAAAAAAUACUAUCAUAAAUAAAACAUCCUUUCUUGGUAGAAUUGAAAGGAACAUUUUAGGAUGAAAUAUACAUAUAUAUGCUGUUUGAAUUUGUAAGUGGAGGGGAAAUAUUUUCUAGAUUGAGAAAAGAAGGGCGAUUUUCAAAUGACAUUUCACUCUUUUACAUUACUGAAAUUUACUUAGCUUUGUAGUAUUUACAUAGUUAGAAUAUUGUUUAUAGAGAUUUAAAACCAGAAAAUUUACUUAUUGAUAAGGAAGGACAUGUAAAAAUAGCUGAUUUUGGUUUUGCAAAGAUUAUGGAUUCAGCCAGAACAUAUACUCUUUGUGGUACGCCAGAGUAUUUAGCACCUGAAAUCAUAUAGGGUGCUAAGACAGGUUAUGGAAAAUCAGUUGACUGGUGGGCCUUAGGAGUUUUAAUUUUUGAAAUGCUUUCAGGUCACCCACCAUUUUACGAUUGUGAUCCGAUGGGAAUCUAUCAAAAAAUAGUUAAUUCUGUAAUUAACUUUCCUGAAUUCUUUUCUCUAAGAGCCAAAGAUUUGGUAAGAAAACUCUUGAAUCCAAACAUAGAGAGUAGAUUAGGAUGCUAAGACGAUGGAAAUUCUAUUAAAAAUCAUAAAUGGUUUAAGGGAGUGAAUUGGGAUAAAAUAUAUCAUAAACAAAUACCCUCACCUUGGAUACCUUAGCUAAAAUCAAUAGAUGAUGUAAGCUACUUUGAAAAAUACCCAGAAUCAAAGGAUAAAUAAGAAAACCCUACAAAAGAAAUCUAAAAACUAUUUGCUGAUUUUUGA